UUGGAGGCUAGAAUCGAUUAAUUUGGACGAAAAUGCUUAAAAAAGCAGGUCAAAUGUUAAUGUAUGUAUGUAUAUUGUUUGUUUCUGUGUGUGCUUACGAUGAUUUCCACAUUAACCGCGAAAGUAAUAAGGAAAUGAUUGAACAAGGAAAAGCCCAGUAUCAGCUCUUAAAGGAGCGAGGUAGUCUACCUCGAUAUGGCGACUGCUGGAAACGCGCUGUGGAGCAUGUUAAUGAUGGGUGCAGACAUUUAUCGGAGGACACACAAAGCGACAUAGCUUUGCAUAUAACAAAUUGCUUUUUGGAAAUGUCCGGGCAUGAAACCUACAAUUGCGAGUUGGACAAGAAGCCCAAUUUGAGGGGGAUCUGCAUUAACAGUAUGUCUGAUAGAGCUUUCAAUGUUUAUACAGAGUUUUAUACACAUACGCAGAAUAUUUGCUGGUUUUUGAGGGGGCAGAUAUGGCAUGAGACCAUUUCGGAGAAUACUUUCAAAGUUGGCAAACAACUGGAGGUUUCUUCAAAAACCCAGCAGCAACUUUUGAAGACUCAGCAGGAAAGUUUGGAGUUGCAGGAGAAAAUGCUUAAGCAUGGUAAAUUUUUGGAGGCUGUUCUGGAAGACUUGUACAUUUCUGUUAGAGCACAUCAAGAGCUAUUAAAUGUUAUGUCUGAAAGUUUGUCCAGGUUGCAAACUUGGAUUGUUGGGGAAAUUUCUUGGAUUGAUUCAAUUAUUUUUUAUAUAUCCGCGAUUUUAUUCAUUUUGCUUUUGACUUCUACUAAAAGAACAAGUGAAUCCAGAUUAACCUUGUUUUUAUUGGUGUUUUUGAAUUUUGCUUCGGAAAGGUUUUUAUGCGUUUUUGUUAGGUAUUUUUACAGUGAACCUAACAUUGAUGUUUUUUAUAUCCAUAUUUAUAAUUCUGUGUGGUAUUUGCGAUACUGUAUGGUUUUUUUAUCAGUUGUGGUUUUCGCGUAUAAAUUUUAUCACCAUAAGGAUUUAACUGAACAAAAUAACGAUUUACUCAGAAAAUUAUCAAAGAAAAACGAUAAUAUUCUAGAAAUGCUUAGUAACAUAAAAAACAAACUCAACAAAUCUGAUGUAGACUUUGAAAUAGAGAGCGAAUCCAAAAAUAAAUCCUUUAUAAAAGAAUACAGAUAUUCCUAUGAAAACAACUUAAGUAAUGGGUCCACUCCUGUUUUAAAUAAUACAAAUUAUUUUAACAAAAGCGACAUUAAGGAAAAUUUGGUAAAAUAUUCCAACAUUCUCCCUGCCAAACAUAAAUUUCCGCUAAACGAAAUAUCCAAUGGGAGAUAUAAUUUAAGGAGCAGACAUGGUACCCCAGAAUCAAACCAGUCAAGUCAAUAAGUAAAAAUGUAUUUUUAAAAAGGCUGUGACAUUUCUUUCAGUUUGUUUUAAAACUGAAUUAUUAUUUUGUGCAUCACAAUAACAAGUAAUUUAAUUAAUUUAAUUCAUACUCUUAUAGAAAAAUAUAAUAUGACAAAUCUAAAAUUAAAACUAGAUAAGAAUUUAAAAAAUAUUCUCAUCUUAGACCAUUCUAAGAAUUUAAGCUGGAUAUAACUGUUUUAAGACAUUAUAUCUAGCUUAACUUGACAUUCUAAGGAUGUCAACUUAAGCUAGAUAUAACUUUCUUAAGAAUUUAAACUUUAGAUAAAUAUUCUUGACAGUAAUACAUAGCUUAAUUUGACAUUCUUAAGGCAGUUAUUUAAGAAUGUUAACUUAUGCUAGAUACAUAAAUGUCUUAAGUAUGUCAACCUAAUAUUGUCAAUAUUUUAAGACAGUUAUUUAUGGAUGUAAAAGAUAAAAAGAUAAAAGUCUUAAGAUUGUAAACUUUAUCUAGAUAUUCUUAAAACAUAUAUAGCUUAACUGGACAUUCUUAAUACAGUUAUUUAUGCAGUUUAUACAGUUAUGGAAAUAAUAUUUUAAGACAGUUAUUUAUGGAUGUAAACUUAAACCAGUUUAAACUGUACUAAGAAUUUAAAUUUGGCUUAAUAUUCUUAAGACAUUAAAAUUGACAUUCUUAAAACAGUUAUUUAAGAAUGUCAACUGAAGCUAGAUAUAUAACUGUCUUAAAAAUGAAUGAUUGGUCUUAAGUCAAAAAUGGUGUUAAAAAACAUUUAAAAAUAUACAAAUAACACUGUGACAAAUUUACAAGGAAUAGAUAAACAAUCCUUAUAUUAAUAAAAAAAUAUUUUUUUGAGUAAAUUUUUUUUUAAUAACCUUAAAAUUAUUAUCAAACUGAUUACAUAAUAUACAAAAACCUGGAAAUAAAAGUCACUUACUUACAUUUAACAAAAAAAACAGUUAUUUUUGAUUUAAUUUAGAUUCCACAAUAAACCUUUGGACAUCCCUUUGAAAAUUUUCCUUAUAGACACUUUUUAAGAAUUGCAAACUGUCCAUAUUUGCCACAUGAUCAUAGACAUUCCUUGUUAUUCUGUAAACAUCUUUGUAUGAUUCAUAUUCAAGCCCAUAUUUGCCGGAUAUUAAAAAAGUGCAAAGUAGUGCAGCUGAUAGACGUCUGGUGUCCCUCAAGGGUCUUUCCUCCCACUUUUUUACGCUUUUGUUUGUUUCAAGGGCUUUAUAGAGAAUCGAGUCUGGUAUGUUCAAGACGUCUUGAAGGAUUUCUGAUGUGUUUCUGUUAAUUUUUUCUGUAGAUUUCGUUUGUUUUUGGUGUAUUUCUGAAUCACUUUCUUGUAUGUCAUAGUAGUUUUUUAGUUUUACUUCAUAUUGUUGUAAGCUUCUUUCUAGUAUAUUUUUUUGGUGUAUUACCUUUACAUUUUCUUCGGAUUCAAGUAGUUUUUUUAGUUCUACAGGAAAUUUCUUUUUAGUGUAUUUAAUGGCAUCAAAAAUGAAUAUAUUAUACCUUGUCCCCAUAACUAAAAACUGUAAUUUGGUAACAUUUUCAUCGAUCCCUAAAGCCAUCAACCCAACAUUCUCACUCUCCUUUAAUAUAUUUAAAGCUCUAUCAAAUUCUUCACCGGUAUUGUAAAAAAUGGGAGCCUCUUGGGCAAUAUUUUUCAAACGAUCUACUUCCCCAUUUGGAAAGUCGAAUGUGUAUAAUCUUUUCACAUCCACACUUGACGUUGGUUCCUCAACAGGUUCCUUUUCUUCCUCCUUAACUUCUUUAACUUGUAUUUUCUCAAUUUCACUAUCAUAGUACGAAUAAACUCCAACCAAUUUUUGUCCUUUGUUGUCAGUAAUAUUGUUUAUAUCCACCCUAUUGUCGCUUCCACCGCAGUAAGUCCCUUCGUAUAUUUCACCUGUUUCUUUGAGAAAAACUCGUAUACUCGUGCCGUGUUUAAAACAAGGAAUGCUCAUUUUUGCGAUAUAACCUCACAUACGAGUUCAAAUGAACUACUGUCAAAUUCUAUUAGGUUGGCAAAACUGCGUAAAC